GCCUGCCUUCUAAAAACAAGAAAGAUACGGCAUAGAUGCUGUCAGUUCAGUUUAGACCGGGAUAGGUUUAGAUACAGGAUCCGCGUUCCGCGUUCGGCUGACCAUUACAGUUAUUCAUUUAGCCAACUGCAUAGCGUUUAUUUGUCAAUACCUCGAUAAAAAUGUACAGGUAUCUAGGAGAGUUACUCACUCGAGGGGCAAGUAGCGCCUUGGCCUCGGGAUGCGUCGACUCUGCUUUGCCGGCUUCCGCGUCCUUAAUGCGGGUUCGCCACUACAGCGAAGCCGUUGGAGAAAAGGAAGAUGACCCCAAUUUCUUCAGAAUGGUCGAAGGCUUCUUCGACCGCGGUGCUGCAAUUGUGGAGGAUAAACUCGUUGAGGGCCUUAAAAACAGAGAAACGCCCGAGCAGAAGAGACACAGAGUUCGGGGGAUCCUCAAGAUUAUCAAGCCCUGUAAUCACGUUCUAGCCGUGUCGUUCCCCAUCAAGCGAGACAACGGCGAAUGGGAAAUGAUAGAGGGGUACAGGGCCCAACACAGCCAGCACAGGACACCCUGCAAAGGAGGUAUCCGUUACAGCACGGAAGUGUCUGUGGAUGAGGUCAAAGCCCUGGCAUCUUUGAUGACGUAUAAAUGUGCUGUUGUUGAUGUGCCUUUUGGAGGAGCAAAAGCUGGUGUGAAGAUUAACCCGAGGAAUUAUUCUGACAAUGAAUUGGAAAAGAUCACAAGACGGUUCACCAUCGAGCUGGCGAAAAAGGGAUUCAUCGGGCCUGGCAUUGACGUCCCUGCCCCAGACAUGAGCACCGGAGAGAGGGAAAUGUCCUGGAUUGCUGACACUUACGCAAACACUAUGGGUCACCAUGAUAUCAACGCUCACGCCUGUGUGACCGGCAAACCCAUCAGCCAGGGCGGCAUCCACGGCAGGAUCUCGGCCACUGGACGUGGAGUCUUCCAUGGGAUCGAGAACUUUGUGAAUGAAGCCUCCUACAUGAGUCUACUGGGUCUGACCCCUGGGUUUGGGGACAAGACUUUUGUCAUUCAGGGCUUUGGUAAUGUCGGUCUGCACUCCAUGCGUUAUCUGCACCGUUAUGGGGCCAAGUGUGUAGGUGUGGGUGAGAUGGAUGGAAAUAUCUGGAACCCUAAUGGUAUUGACCCCAAAGAGCUGGAGGACUAUAAGCUGGCUAAUGGAACGAUUGUGGGCUUCCCCAAUGCCACGCCCUACGAGGGGAGCAUCCUGGAAGCUGACUGCGACAUCUUGAUCCCAGCAGCCAGCGAGAAGCAGCUGACCAGGAAAAAUGCCCAUAAAAUAAAAGCUAAGAUCAUCGCCGAGGGAGCCAACGGCCCCACCACACCCGACGCUGACAAGAUUUUCCUCGAGAGGAACAUCAUGGUGAUUCCAGACAUGUAUCUGAAUGCGGGUGGUGUUACUGUGUCCUACUUUGAGUGGCUUAAAAACCUUAACCACGUCAGCUAUGGCAGACUGACCUUCAAGUAUGAGCGAGACUCCAACUACCACCUUCUCAUGUCAGUUCAGGAAAGCCUGGAAAGGAAGUUUGGGAAACAUGGAGGUUCCAUUCCCGUUGUUCCUACUUCUGAGUUCCAGGCGAGGAUCGCUGGAGCAUCUGAAAAGGACAUUGUUCACUCUGGACUGGCCUAUACUAUGGAGAGAUCUGCCAGGCAAAUCAUGCGCACAGCCAAUAAGUACAACCUGGGCCUUGACCUGAGGACAGCUGCCUAUGUCAACGCCAUUGAGAAAGUCUUUAAAGUCUACAACGAGGCUGGCCUGACUUUCACAUAAAAGGCCACUCUUUUCUUUACCUCUCUGUGUGUCUGUCUGUCCGUCCAUCUUAUGCAGAUGCAGGACGCCUUGCAUCCCUCACUAUCCAAGUCCUCCAAUUAAACACAACAAGUUUACGUUUUACAUAUUACUACACAACACGACAUAUCCGUUAAAACACGUUCCAUAAAGUUCCUUCUCCCUCCUGGUUCAUAUUCUCUGAUUCUCGUACUCUCUGAUUGCAGUUUGUUUGUCAGUUCUUGGGACCCACUCAAACACACCCAACAGUGAGAUUUUACUUUAGUUCAACCACACCUGUUUCAGCCUCAGAACAUAAUAACUUGCCAGUAGACACCAAAAAAGUGCUAGUUUUUCUAGCUUUAAAUCUCCUUAUCAACUCUCUGUUGUUUAACUGUUCAGUCAUGACCUGAACUGUGAGAGCAUAUCAAAUAGAAAAACCUAUAAAGCCUUAAUGUUAUUGGUAUGAUUUUCUGCAGCAAUGCAGAGCUUGAGACUCCACAAGUGUAUGACAAAAAUACUGAGGAUUUUAAAAAGCGGACAACCAGUGGUUUAUAGGGAAAGCUAUGCACAUAAAACAGUACUUCUCAGGCUUUUAUAAAUGUUACCAAAAUAUUGCACAGUAAAUGUAUGUGUUUUUUUUUCCUUUGCUGCACAUUGUCCUGAUGGCUUAACACUUUAAAAACCAGGAAACAGUUUUUGCUUGGUCUUCUGGUGCCCUUUUGUUCGAUAGGGAAGAGUCAUAUUCUGAACCUGAUGGCUUCCACGUUUGGGUGUUGGAUCAGAUCAGUUAUUGUUCCAGAAUUGGAAGGGAAUAACGUUAGAUUUGGGAACAAAGGUUUAUUUUCUUCGUAUCAGAUUUGAAUAUGAAAUCUGAAAAAAAAAAAAAAGUUUGUAUUACCUUCUAUUGUUAAAAAACAAA